GUGCAUGACGUCACACAGCCUGCAUUAGUUAGUGUAGUGAAAUGACGAUCUCGCAUGAAGCCCAUCAUAUAACGGCAAAACCAAUGGUUUAUCAAGGACACGUUGACUAGAAAAUUCGCUGGGAGGAUGGAAAAAGGAACUCGCAGACCUUUACAGAUCUGAAUUCUAUUUAACACAUCAACAGUUGAACAGCAUGGAACUUACUAAUGACCCACUCUGUGAACCAUCUGCUUCUGAAGCAAAUCUGCACAAUGAGCAGCUUCCACUUUUAGACCGCCUGUCUCCUUCGGAAGCACCAUUAGAUAGUUUUGUACAUGGAAAAGAGGCUUCAGAGGGUACAGAACCAAACCGUGGCCUUGAGUUGAAGCUAGACAUCUAUGUCCCGGCACCACCAAUAAUAGAGCAUGUAACACCUGUAGAGGAAACAGUGGAGCAUUGUGCACUUCCUGUAGCAACAGAAGAGGAAAGCCCAAAACCUGAAGCCGUUAAAGAGGGAUCAGAUAAAACUGCCAACUUUGAAAGCUUUCAUUGCAAAAAUCAGACAAGUCUGGCUGAGUCGAGUUCGAAUACUGUGAUAGAAGUGGGAUGUGAGCAGGCAUUCAAUGAAACAAGCUCAUCAGACUGUAUGGCUGAAAGUAGUAUGCCCGUAGAGACGAUAAGCUCAAAUGAAACACCAAAAAGUUGUGGCAAUAUUAAACUAUCAACUGGAAGUACAGUAGACAAUGCCAACAGAAAGAUCAUCCCUCCAAAGAAGGACAAAUUUAACCCUUUGAAAAUUGACAUGGCCAAAGUAAUACCUCUCACCUCAUCCCAACUCUCACUGCAGUGCCUAGAAUGUCACAUCAUCUUCAGUGACUCCAAAAGCAAAGAACGGCACCUUAAAAUGAACCACCCUGCAGAAUAUCAGCAAUGCAUGCUGGGAGAUGCUCUCUUUACUUGCUAUGUUUGUGAUCAGCAUUUCACCACAUCCACAGAGCUCAUGGCCCAUCAACGCACACACACAGGUAACGAGCGAUUCAAGUGCCCUUUUUGUAGUGAGGCUUUCUACAGAUCCUGUGAACUAACAAGUCACAAAAAAAAAAUUCACUUCAGCAAACAUGGAUACACCUGUUCAGAGUGUGGCAAGCCUUUCAAAACCUUUACUUUGCUCAGAUACCACCAACGGGCACACACAGAGGAAAAGCCUUUUGUUUGCAUACACAAACACUGUGGUAGAAAGUUUUCUGCAUCAAAGUCUCUUCAGCACCACUUAGAAAAACAUCAGAAAGAAGAUAACCAGGAUAACCAGACAAAUGCUUCAGCCAAUCCAAAGAAAAAGAGGGAUAAAGGGAAAAAUGUGAGGAAAUUCCCAUGUUCACAGUGUGCUGCAGUCUUCAAGACUUCUAAAGCACAACUUCUUCACAUCAGAAAUAAACACUCUCAAGAGUCACAAAGUAGUAAUGUGAUGGUGCCACAACUAAAGCCAACUGGACUUGCUCUGACACAGACCGCAAAUGGACAAUCACAGACUCUCAUCAUUGAAACUGUUGGACAAACAGAGCGAAUGGAUAAGCUGGAUCCUGUGCAAAUAAAAAGGCUAAUUGAGAAACUUGGGAAUGUACAGAAAGUGAAUCAGUUGGUUAUAUUGCCCUUGCAGCCACAAAACUUUGGGUCCCCCCAUCAACAACCAUUAAUGCAACCAUUACAUGUGAAUUUUACUAAAUCAACCAUUCAGCCAACGCAAUGUAAGAAAUCUGACACAGACUCAAAAACAGAGCGAAUUAACCUUCAGUUGUCUGCAGAAAUUGGAGAUUUGCAACAAAAGGAAAACGUUCUAUCACAAGAGGGAGCAAAUAUUUCAUCAGAAAACUCAGAGACCCAAGUAACAGCUGUUGAACUGACACAAACAGAGGUCCAAACAGAAAUGGAUGAAAUUCACCUUGAACUUAUACCAGUACAGACUGAUACUUCAGUUUUGCUGGAUCAAACAUCUUUACAGAGUAAAAAACCCCAGAAUGAUUCUGUUAAUGAAAUGGCACAAAUAGCAGAGGAAUUUUUUCCAUUCACACAAGGCAUUGCAGCUUUGGCAACAAACAAUGAACAACCUUUAAUUCCUCAACCGGAAACUGCAAAGACUCAUCAUGUGGAGGAGGACAAUGUGCCAGUUGAUACAGUAGUAUUGGAGGAAACAGUUACCCAUGUAGACAUGUCAUGUCCUGCACAAAUGCUAAAUUCAACAGUAUUGUUAGUGGAAUCUGAGUCACUGGUGGUAAGUAAACCGUGUAAUAUAGUCAAAUUAACUGAACCUCAAGAAUUUCAGGAAAUCCAAGCUCAAAAGGACCGAUCUGAAUCAGAGAAAGAGCCAUCCAUGCCAGUGGAACCACAUUCUCAGCCCAAUUCUCUCAACAGUGUGCAGAAUGACACCGUAAUUGACCUUCAACAAAGCUCUGUGCUUACACAAGACAAGACUAGAGCCAGCUUACAGGAUUUCCCUUUUGUACAGAAGAAACUUCCAACAAAGAAAAAAAAAUCUAAGAAACAAUUGGCUGACAAAAUAGAGACUAAGGAAGCAAGUAAAGUAUGUGAUGGUCAGCUAGCCUCAACCAAGAAAGUUAAUACUUCAUCAAAAGUAAUUACUAAAAAAAGUCAAAAGGCAAAUAGCAAAAAGCUUGUUGUCAAAUUCGGACCAAGUGAGAAGAAAAAAUCCUCUAAACCGAAGGUGGUAAUAACCUCAAAAACCAAACAAAACCAGAACCAGCAAAUUAGUGAUCAAGAUCAAGUUCCUAUAUUGUCUCAGCAUGUCAAUAAACUGGAUUUAUACCAAAAAGUGCAAAAAGAUAAAAAAGGAAAGGAGAUUGAAAGUCCUUCAGAAGCAGCAGUGAAGACAACGGGUCAAAUUACUAAUUCAUUAGACACUGUUUUGGCAGAAACAGAAGCAACAAAACAAGGGAAAUCCCAGAACAGAAAAAUAAAGAAUCAAAUAAGUUUGGACAAGAAGGCAAACUCAGUCCAGGAGGCUCACCAAAAUGAAACACUGGUACCUGUACAAAAGAAAAAGAAGCAGGGAAAGAAAUCUGAAGACAAAUGUCCCAAGAAACCCAAGGUUAGGAAGACCCAAAGUGAUGACUUUAAGAAGAAUACCCACAAAUUACCCAAUCAUAAAGUUACAAAGGGAAAAUCUAGACCUGAUGUUAUAGACCUGGCUCACAUAGAUAAACAAGCUUUGCUCUUAUUAAAAGGCCACAAGCAGCCUCAGCUGAAGGUGCAUAAGUUGGAUGCUACUGAACUCGAGAAAUCACCCCCAAACAAGUGUGAUAAGGUACUGAAAAAAACAAGAAAAACAACAAUCAAAUCCUUGAAUAUAGCACACCAAAAGAAAACUAAAUCAGGUGAAAUGCCCUCUGUUGAGAAAAGCCCUGGUUCUGUGUCUACAAAGCCCAAAAUUGUACGGAAACGCAAAGCUCCUACAAAGACAGACCAGGAAAUUGCCUUGAGCCCCCCGUAUUUUCAAAUUACCCUUGGGUGCCAGGACUGUGGAAAGACAUUCUCAGAAGUGUCUGCUUUACAGGAACACAUGGCAUCCUGGCAUUCAGCUGGAAAGGUGUCCUUCCCAGAUGAAACAUUUGAUGUUGCUAAAAAACGAAUCAUAAGACCUGGUCCUAAUGAAACAUGUAUUUCCCCUAAUGUCUUUGAAAUUCAAGUUGCAACCGAUUGGGACAUGGAGACUGAGGUGGGGGAGAUUGUGAGAGAAAGACUAUCAUUCCCAGCGUUAAGUCCGUCUCCUUCUUUGACACUUGCUUCUGGUGGUGUUGAAGGAAAGGAACAAGCAGGAGUCAAAGAUUUUGAAGGAAUUGUUUCUGGACUUAAGCAGCCUCCUGAGCAGAAUCCUUUAGAAGCUUGUGAGAUUCCUUCCCAGGCUUCAACCCCAGCCUUAGGCAAAAGAAUUGUGACCCAGGAGCACACAAAUAAUACUAGUGAGAAUGUGUCAGAAAAAGCACAGAGUAAUCGGGUCGAGUCUAUCACAGAAACAUCUUGCGCUCAACUCAAAGAUGCAGCAGAGGAAGAAAUUAAAGAAGAACUGCCUUCAGAGGUUAAUUUAGUAAUGGUUGGUGAAAACCAUGUGGAAGACAAUCAUAACACUCAUAAUGUUUCAGGUGACUCUCAAGAGCUUGAAAAUGAAGUGCACAAUCGAAGUUCUCAGUCUGCAAAAGAUGUCAGUGUAGAAUUGACUCAUAAUUUUCUUACUGAACCAGAGAUAAAGCAAGAAGAAGAGGAGGUACUUGUACGUAGAGUUGAUGAUCAUAAAAGAGUGAUGGGAGAACAUUCUGCAUUAGGAGGUAAGAAAGCAGUCGGAAGAAGCCGUAGCAAGAGACCAUUUGGAAGAAGAACUAGCAUAGAAAACAGAAGUAAAAAGAAAAUAGAAGGAAAUAAGGAGCCACAAGAAUGCCAAGUUCUCUAUCAUCUGUGUAUGCUUGAUACUCCGGAGGGAAAGAGCAAAGAAAAUGACAAGAAUGGAGUUAAUGCCUCUGAAACUUGUCAACCAUUGUCUUCUGAGGAGGGUCCUGAGGAACAGGUUGUUUUUGAGUUGGAUUCUGUUACCACAAGUGUAAUGGAUAUUGUAAACUCUGGAGACAGUUCAUUUGAAGAAUCUAGAGAGCUAGUUCGAGACGGAAGUUCACCUGGAAUCAUACUGGAAAAGUUCUUGACUGCUCGGGAGAGAAAUAUGGAAAAUCCAAACACCCAAAGUCAGAUUAGGUUCUCAUUAAAGGCAAGCUCCUCGUUGGAUACCAGUAAAGUGACUUCGGCUAACACAUCAGCUGAUGUGAAAGUAGAAGAACGUUCAUCAAAUUUGGCUCAAAACAGUCUGAUUUCUUCUGAGAGUGGUGCUAUGCGAGGAGUACAAAUGUUUUUUGUCAAAGCAGAAGACCACUUGACUUCAAAUGAGAUGUUUCAGGCAAUCCAGCCCAUGGAUCAUCAUCGCGUUACAUGCCAAGAUGGCACCUCUUCGGACUCUCAUGUAGUACCCCUGCAGUCCUACAGCAAGCAAUGCAUAUUUUAUCCUGUUAAGGAGGAAGAGAGGGAACAUUUAGUUGAGCCUCCUCAAGUGUAUCAGACAUUCUUGAAUUUGGGGGAACUUGCAGGGACUUCAUCUGGAAUUGAAGAAUGUGAGGAAGUCAGGGUAGGUUCGGUACAAAUGGACAUGCAACAUCUAUAUACAGCACCUGAAGAGGGUGAUGUUAGUGCUGAACAGCAAAGAACUCAAGGCUUUUUAGAAUUCCUUUCAGAGAAUUCAGACACGGAUGAUGCUGAUAAUGUCCACUCUGAACCAGAAGCUGAAACCAUUGUGAUGUCCUGUUACCAUGGAAUACAGAGUACUGGUACAGUACAUCAAAGUGGUGUAGAGAGAUGUGGUCCAAGUGGUAGAACAAACAUGGGUGCCUCUCCAACAAGACACACAGAACCAGAGAGGCAGCUCAACUGGAAGCCCAUUAACUACUUUAAUCAGUAUUUUAGUUUGGACACAUGGAAUGAAAUUGCUGUUUGCACAAGGGAAACAUCAAAACUGCCAAACCUCGUUACAGAAAAAGAGGUUGCACAGUAUGUGGGAAUCCACAUAGCAAUGGGAACUCUGAAGUUUCCAAGCACAAAGCUCUACUGGGAAGAUUGCACACAAGUACCUCUAAUAUCCGAUGCCAUGUCAGCUUCAAAAUUCUGUGAGCUUGCUCGUAAAUUGAAGCUGGCCAGUUCUGGUGGAGCUUCAGUCGAAACGAGUAGUGAUCAGGAGUCUGAAGAAAGGAAUAGAGACCAGCCAGGACAGAGUAAUGAAGCUCACAGUAAUGGGGAGGCACAUAAUUGCACAAACUUAAAGACAGAUCCUUUGUGGAAGGUAAUGCCGUUGAUAAGAAGAGUUCAAGACUGUUGUCGGGCACUGAAGCGACAUGGAAACUAUGGAGUCGACCAGUACCCCCUUCCCUUUCAAAGACACCCAACCCAUUCAUUACUUCACACAGUUGUCAUAAAUGGUGAAGGAUUGGUUGUGGACUUCAUCUUGAGUGUAGACGACUCCAAUAGAGAAGAUGUAGUUGAGAAAAUGGUCUCUAGAGGUAAGGAGAGAAAUGAAGGGAUGGUGUUUCUUUGCAAAUCAGAUCUUUCUACACCUUCUAUGCUAGAGCAUCUUCUAGCUGCUGGUGUGCAAAGUGCUGGCAAGGUUGGUGGGGCAAGAGGGCAAAUAGGUGAUGAGUUUGUGAGCUCGGAUGGAAAACUCAAGCUUUUCAGAUGUCAUCAUGGCUUUAUACUUUCAGCAGUCGUAAAAGAAAAACCUCGUUCAACAUCUCUUGUCAGUGGCUUUGAGCGAGCAAUUAAGGUUGUAAAUCUGAACCGUGACUUGAGAAGUCUUUAUCGCACACCCUGCACAAACUCGGCAAUCAGUGCUUGGCCGCAGUCUGUUCUCUGGGACUUGAUCGAUCUGGUUUUAGUAAAUGCAUGGAUACAGUACAACCAAGAUUACAGUCAUAUUACAGAUCUGUUAUCACUAAUGGCAUUUCGUUUGGAGGUGGCCAAAGCAUUAAUUCUCUCCAGUGGUGUUGACGCACAAGACUCAUCAACUCCCUGCCCUCCUGCUCCAAAACUACAUGGCCCAGAUACAAACACAAGACCUUCUCAGGUUCAUGAGACCCCUUUGCCUGAUGAACAUACACGGUUUGAUGGCUUUGGGCACUGGCCAGAGCAGCUGGCAGAGGGCAAGGAGGCCAGGAGGUGUCGAUUCGGGGGCUGUGAGAGGACAUCACAUGUGCGGUGUCUUAAAUGCUGUGUGUUCCUGUGCAUUUCUCGAAACCACAACUGCUUCCUGAAGUUUCACAGUGAGGGGUCUUCAUGAGGCAUACAGAUUGUGCCCAUUUUAACUUAAACUUUUACGCAUUUGCUUAAAUAAGAUUAAGUUAUUGCUCAUCAUGACUCAAAACUAAUCCUGAACCAUCCAUGUCUAUUCUUGUCCAGGUGUUGUAGUUCUUAUUCUUGUCAAAUAAACCCAUUUCGAUGUAUAAGGAAUGUUAUAUUGUGAUUGUUAUAUUUAAUUUUUAUGUUCCUACUAAAAAAAUAUUAUAUUUUAAGCCUAGCCAAAAAAUUUAAUGUGUUUCUUCAUUGUUUGGUUUCAUUUUAGAAUGUGAUGUUUUUAUUAAUUCCCGACUAUGUUGAUUCCUGCUUGCUGUGCUUUGUAAAGGCAUCAAUUUAUUUGUAUAAAAUAAAAGCUUUUACAUU